AAGAAGAAGAAAAAGGAGUUUACCCGUUGAAUGACAGUAGAGCAAAGUUUACAGUUUGUACAGUUUUUGUCUCUGUGCUUCGGAGAAACUCGCCGAACUCUGGGAUUGUAGCCGCAGCCGUUUCUGGACACCUGGACUGACUGCUUCGCCCUGUAACGAUGCGGGACCGGACGAAAGAAUUAGGAAAUAAUCCGGACGCUUCAGAGGACGACGAUGAGGGCCAAGCUCUGAUGAUCAAACCUGGAACCUCUUCAGCCAAAGAGGAGAAGGAAAAUGAAGCGUUCCUUAAAAAGAUGCAAGAAAUUCAUGAGGGGCUGAAAAACCUCAAAGGGAUCGUGUCUGAACUCGAGAAUAAGCAGAAAAAGGUGCUGGGUGUGGCGCUGCCGGAAGAGAGCAUGAAGAAAGAGCUCCAAACUCUUCGGGACGAGUUCAAAACGUUGGCGACUCAGAUCCAGAAAAAACUGAAGAGUAUUGAACCGAAGAAGGGAGAAGAUGACGAAAAAUAUAUCUCCAUAAAUGUUCGCAUGCAGCGGACCCAGCACGGCGUCUUGACAAAGGAGUUAGUGGAGCUGAUGGGUCGCUGUAACACCAUCCAGUCUCAGUACAGAGAGCGCAACGUGGAGAGGAUACAGAGGCAGCUGAAAAUCACUGGGAACAAUACGACAGACGAGGAGCUGGAUCGGAUGCUGGAGAGCGGGGAGACUGACGUCUUCACACAAAAUAUCCUGAUUGACGCUCAAGCGACGAAGCAGGCUCUGAAUGAGAUCGAGUCCCGACACGACGAGAUCCUGAAGCUGGAGAGGAGCAUCAGAGACCUGCACGACAUGUUCCAGUACCUCGCCAUGGAGGUGGAGGCUCAGGGGGAGAUGGUCAACAGGAUCGAUAACAACAUCAAACAGUCGUCUAACUACGUGGAGAAGGCGAAAGUAAACACAGAGCAGGCUGUGACGUAUCAAAAGAAAGCACGAAAGAAGAAGAUCUGGAUUGCGAUCUGCUUGGCCAUCCUCAUCCUCAUCUUAGUCAUCUCAUUGGUCAGCACCUUCGGCACCUAACACCAGGCAGCGCAAAGUCGUGGUCGUCGUGCGGUUCGGCUGAAGCUCGUUCUGGUUUCAUGUAAAUAAUUUCACAGGAUGAACUCGUGAAUCAUGUUAGUCAGUUUUGUCACUUUCUUCGCCCCCUCUGGAUAUUUUUUUGGUCCUUUUCAAAUACUCUAAUCCCCCCGAUCCAUGCGGCCUUUUUGUUAUUGUUUGUUUUAUGAGAAGAAGAGCCCCGCCCCCGCCCUCUUCUCUGACAAAAUACCCCGACAUCACCUGCAUCACUGCUCCCACUCAAGAAGCAGUACUGCUGAUUUUUUUGGACCUCCCUCGCCCCUCUCAGAUUCUGGUCUGCAACACAAAGACCAGGAGAACUGUUACAUCAGCGCCUCUUCCCUUCCUUAAACACAGAAGAGAAAAAACAAGAGGAUCAAAGUGGCCUUGAGCGACGCACAAUGCAGUAUUGAGACCCGACCGAGGCGCUGGUCAUACUGUACUCAGGAAAACUGUGCGCUGACUCUCGUUA